AUGGAGUCUCUGAAUUUUCUUUCCGUGUUUCUUCUAUCCCUUGUCGCGAUAUCUCACGCGGGAAUCUCAGAGAAUCCUUAUCUCAAUCUCGGGAAGUCGAAUUUCCCGUCCGUACAAGCAGAGAAGCUGAUAAGGGAGCUGAAUUUAUUUCCAAAAUCAGACGUCAACGUGAUCGACGGUGGUGAUGAUGGUGUUGGUGUUAUUAACCAAGAAAUGCAUAAUAAGAGGAUUGUAGAGAGGAAAUUUAGGUUUCCUAAUGUUGUUGGUGAUGAGGAAGAUAGCUUUACUGUUGAUGAUUUGGGACAUCAUGCUGGUUAUUACAAGAUUGAGCAUUCUCAUGAUGCAAGGAUGUUUUACUUUUUCUAUGAAUCAAGGACCAGCAAGAAGGAUCCUGUGGUCAUUUGGUUGACAGGAGGACCAGGGUGUAGUAGUGAAUUGGCUAUGUUUUAUGAAAAUGGUCCUUACACUAUUGCAAAUAACUUGUCACUUGUGCAAAAUGAGUAUGGUUGGGACAAGGUGUCAAACCUUCUAUAUGUUGACCAACCCACUGGUACUGGAUACAGUUAUAGUACUGAUAGGCGUGACAUUCGUCACAAUGAAGAUGGAGUUGGCAAUGAUCUUUAUGACUUCUUGCAGGCCUUCUUCAAGGAGCAUCCUGAAUUGGCAAAGAAUGACUUUUACAUAACUGGAGAAUCAUAUGCUGGCCACUAUAUUCCUGCUUUUGCAGCUCGAGUCCACAAAGGAAACAAAGCUAAAGAAGGAAUUCAUAUAAACCUUAAGGGAUUUGCCAUUGGUAAUGGUCUCACAGAUCCUGCAAUCCAAUAUAAAGCAUACACAGAUUAUGCAUUGGAUAUGGGAAUAAUUAAACAAGCUCAGCAUGAUCGCAUCAACAAGAUAGUUCCAGUGUGUGAAAUUGCAAUAAAGCUUUGUGGCACUGAUGGUACAAUCUCUUGCAUGGCCUCCUAUUUAGUUUGCAAUACCAUAUUCAGCAGCAUUUUAUCAGUUGCUGAUAAUAUAAAUUAUUAUGACAUUAGAAAGAAAUGUGAGGGGAGCCUCUGCUACGACUUCUCAAAUAUGGAGAAAUUUCUGGGCCAGAAAUCAGUUAAGGAGGCACUUGGUGUCGGUGAUAUAGACUUUGUCUCCUGUAGCCCCACUGUCUACCAGGCAAUGCUGAUGGACUGGAUGAGGAAUCUUGAAGUGGGCAUUCCUGCUCUCCUUGAGGAUGGAAUCAAGUUGCUUGUGUAUGCAGGAGAAUAUGAUCUCAUCUGCAACUGGCUCGGUAAUUCAAGAUGGGUUCAUGCCAUGGAAUGGUCUGGUCAGAAAGAGUUUGUGGCAUCUCCUGAAGUUCCUUUCCAAGUUAGUGGUUCAGAAGCUGGAGUGCUGAAAAGUUACGGGCCUCUCACAUUCCUUAAGGUCCUCGAUGCAGGGCAUAUGGUUCCCAUGGACCAGCCUGAGGCUUCACUGGAGAUGCUGAAGAGGUGGACUCGAGGCAAAUUGUCAGAAGCCACAGAGGAGCCCCAACAAUUGGUUGCUGAGAUGUGA